GUAACAAUCCAACUAUUUGUUUUACCUUAUCUUUCCGGAUUGAUUCUCCCUUCAAACUAACAAGACGGAGACUUUCCCAACAUAACUGUGAUGAACUGAAGCUUUAUACCCAGAAAAUUUCUGGAAUUUUUUUGCUAAAUUAUUCAUCCCAGAAUUCUAAAAUGUCGUGCAUUUAUGGUGGCAGCUGUUCUAUAUCUUCCUUCUCUGCUCAUUCAAUUUCCCAAUCAAGACUUCAAUCUUCAUCAAAUUCCAAACCCUCUUCGAUUCAAUGCUCUGCUGGAGGUUUAGUAGCAGAAUCAAAGGGGGCAAUUACAGCUGAACCCUUGUUGCUAAAUGCUGUGAAAGGAUUGGAUGUUGAAAGGCCCCCAGUUUGGCUGAUGAGGCAAGCUGGGAGAUACAUGAAGAGCUACCAAGCUAUAUGUGAGAAGCAUCCUUCAUUUCGUGAAAGAUCAGAAAAUGUUGAUCUAGUUGUAGAAAUAUCCUUGCAACCAUGGAAAGUUUUCAAGCCUGAUGGAGUUAUAUUGUUUUCAGACAUUUUGACCCCAUUAGCAGGAAUGAAUAUACCAUUUGACAUUGUGAAAGGAAAGGGUCCUGUCAUAUUCGAUCCUCUAUCCACUCAGAAUGAUGUUGAUGUAGUUAGAGAGUUUGUUCCUGAGGAGUCAGUUCCAUAUGUUGGAGAAGCCUUAACCAUUUUGCGGAAGGAGGUGGGCAAUGAGGCUGCUGUUCUUGGUUUUGUUGGGGCUCCUUUUACGCUGGCAUCAUAUGUAGUUGAAGGUGGUUCAUCAAAACACUUCAGCAAAAUUAAGAGACUGGCUUUUUCUGAACCUAAGGUUUUGCACGCUCUCCUUCAAAAGUUCGCAACAUCUAUGGCAAAGUAUGUCAAGUAUCAAGCUGAUCAUGGUGCACAAGCAGUUCAGAUCUUUGACUCUUGGGCAACUGAACUCAGCCCAGUAGACUUUGAAGAGUUCAGUUUACCAUACUUGAAGCAGAUAGUUGAUUCUGUGAAACUGACCCAUCCAAAUCUGCCUAUCAUACUUUAUGCUAGUGGCUCUGGUGGGUUGCUAGAGCGGCUUCCCCUAACAGGCGUUGAUGUUGUGAGCUUGGAUUGGACAGUCGACAUGGCUGAAGGUAGGAGGCGGUUGGGAUCUGAUAUUGCAGUGCAAGGCAAUGUGGAUCCCGGUGUGCUUUUUGGCUCAAAAGAAUUUAUAACAAGUCGGAUAAUGGAUACAGUGAAAAAAGCCGGGAAUAGAAAGCACAUUUUAAAUCUUGGUCAUGGAAUUGUUGUAGGUACGCCGGAAGAGAAUGUCGCUCAUUUCUUUGAGGUUGCCAAAAACAUUAGAUACUAAUAUCUAGGUAAUCCGAGUAUUGUUUCUUCUUCAUCGAGCAAGUAUAUCACUUUCUGAGUAAUGCAUUUUUUCUGUGCAUCACUACAGGAAUUUGUAAAAUUUUUGACUGUCAUAGUUCUAUGAAAUCUUGUAAUUGACUUGCCUGAUUUAUCAUUUGGGCUUCCAUUAUUCCUUCACUAAUUCAUGUUUCUGAA